UAGAAUUCGUCGACUGUAAAUUUUAUUCGAAUGAUAUAUUGGUCCUUCAAUUGUUACAUAAUCCUGUAAGUUUAUUCUCAUAAAUCACACGCGACUUUUUUCAAUCCGGAAGUAAAGAUCGGUCAAAAUUAACAGAUCCUGAGUACGUUCAGAGUCUACGGUGGUCAUGGAGCUAAACGAAGUAGUGGUUAAAGUAGACAGAUCGAAAAUGGAAAAUGGACAAGAUCAAUCCACUGCAGAUGUGACUUCAGAGAAACAGCACGAAAUGAAGACUUCGAAAGGGCAUAUCUUAACGAAGUACGUGGUGCUGUAUUCUUUCAUCCUGGUCACUGUCGUAUUAUCAACAAUUAUUGCUAAUCAUGUAAGCACAAAGAGUCUCAUGGAUAGCAUCCCCAAUCAGAUCAAUCAGAAUAUAUGGACGAUACCAGAAUGGAGUAUUCUUGAAAAUUUAUCAUCCAUUCAGGCAGAGAUAAAACAUGCUCUGCAAAUUGAUAUAAAGAAUGAAACAAAGAGUGCUAGUGAAUUGGUUCUACAGCGUUUUUUGAACGAAACGGAUUUUAUUUCAUGGAAAAAGGAUAUGAAUAGGAAAAUUUUCACCAUGAUCCAUUUAUUAGUUUGCGUUAACAACUGUACUGGUCGUCCUGAUGGAGACUACCAAUCCUGCUACACGUGCAAUGGAUUCGUUUCAUGCAGUCUUGGUAUUUUAUCUAACAGAACCUGUGCAUUUAGUGAUGAUGACAAAAUGGUUCUAUGGGACAAUAUUAAGAAGAGAUGUGGGUAUAGUUCUGAUACGUGCAACCCAGACUAUCUACUGGUAUGAAACCAGGGAUCUAAAUAGCUCUGCUCUAUUUUUUUUUAUCAUCAUUUGUAUUUAUUUUUUGUUUCUUUGACAAACUUACGAUGUACCGC